AAAAUGUUGUAGAACGGCAACAGUGGAGCGCAUUAAUAGAGUGAUGUAACAGAUGCAGGCGGCACUGAUAAACAAGCAGAUGGAGGAGGGCGACGUGAACGGUUCGUUCGAGCGCGCGCUGUGUGCGGGCGACCUGACGCUGGUGGUGGCCGCGUGCCGCGCCGCCGCGCCCGCCGCGCCCAGUAGGCUGCAGCAGCACGUGCUGCUCGCGCUGUUGCAGCAACUAGCCACCGAUAUGCUGCACGACACUAUACUCAAGUGCAGGUCAACACUGUUAUAUCACUCAAGAACAGAAUAUACAUUUUACUUUAUAUUUAAUUUUAACCUUAAUUUGUCGCUGAUUGGGUUCAAUAUAGGGAAUACAAUCUCGAUCUCGCGAGAUCUCGGGCUUUUUUAGCGAGAUUUAUCUCGGUCGAAAAAUGGGCGAGAUCUCGCGAGUUUAACUAG